CGUCAUUACACGCAGCCUCUGUCACGUAUCUUUGCAGAUACCGGAAGAUCCCUCUGGGCAGGGAGCUCGCUCCCAGCAAGAUGACUGUGGCAAUCUUUGCAAACUGUGUGUUCUUUCUUAAAGUGAAACACUUACCCAUUCAGGAGAAGAAUAGACUGAGAACAUGCAUUAAAGAAAAUGGUGGAAUAAUUUAUUUUGUGCUAAAUCAUGAGUGUACACAUGUCAUUGUGGAUAAUGUUGCUGUACUCAGCUCUUAUCAUCUGAAAACUAUUGAGAAGUAUCGACUCCCCAUUGUAAGUGCCGAUUUUGUGUGGAAAUCAGCUGAAGAAGGAAAACUUUUACCGAUUGAUGACUAUGAGUCUAGUAAAUCAUUGGAAGGUAGUUCUGACCAAAAGCCAAGCCAUUACGGUGAGAAAAACCACUCAUCUUCUGAGCGUGACAUUAAAGAGAAACAGGAUGCCACUGAGAAGAAUGAAAACUGUGGCCCUGAUCACACUUCCUUGGAAGUCAGUGAGAGCUCCGUUGGGCCCAAUAUGGAGAGCAUCAGAUUUUAUACAGAAAAUGAUCAAGAUAUUCCUUAUUUUCCACAAGAUUUUGAAGUUGCAAAAUAUGAUGCCCUUGAAAAAAUUAGUACUGAGAAAGGCAAACAAGUUGUAGUUAUUGAAUUGCAGUGUUCCCAGGAAUCGUGUGAGUUUCCCUUUCGAAUAUCUGCACACUUCAGCAUGUCAGAUGGAUUCAAGAGUAAAAAACAGUUCAUUGCAACUAAGACUUCUGAAGAAGUAAGAGAAAAUUAUGAGAUUUAUGUUGAAGAUUUGAAGAACCAGGAUUUUCUAUUAAGAGAAACCUUUCCACCUGGUGCAGAAUAUUUAGCCUCUAUGAAAUUACAAGAGCUACUUCUAGAGGAAGCCAUAAAUUCAAGCACUUUAUCCCAAGAAAUUAGUGCUUUUGUGGAACUGAUCUGGGCAGAAGCACUUGGUCAUUUGGACCAUUUACUACUUGAACCAGUAAACAACAUCAGCCUAAAUGAUGUCAGCAAAGGGGAAGGUAUUCUACUUCAAAUAAAGAAUGCAAUGAAUGAGGGAACAGAAGCAAAGGCACUGAAAGCGAUGAUGAUGGAGUUCUAUCGAAUUAUACGUCACAAAAAUGGAAUAGACUAUAAUAUUACCAAAAAACUGUUAUCUAGCAAACAGGACCUCUGUCAGCUAAUCAGAGACAUGCUUAAUGUUUGCGAAACAAGUACGUCAAGCCCUAACCCACCAUCUCUUGCUAAAUACCGGGCUUUAAGGUGCAAGAUACAAGCUAUCAAUCCAAACAAUGAAGAAUUUCUCAAUGUUAAACAGCAGGUGUUGAAAAAUAAUCACAGUGACUGUCCAGUGAAAGUUUUACAAAUAUACAGAGUUGGCAGAAUAAGUGAAACAGCAGAGUUUCUGAGCAAUCUUGGGAAUGUUCAAUCCUUAUUCCACGCAUCAUCUGUGCGCAACUUCGUUGGAAUUCUCUCCCGAGGUCUCCUUUUACCAAAGAUAGUGGUUGAAGAUCAUGGCAUGGAAAGAACUGAUAUUGGGAAGCUGGGGAGUGGCAUUUAUUUCAGUGAUUCUAUCAGUACAAGCACUAAGUAUUCUCCACCAAGUGAAAUGGAUGGAACUCGACUGUUGGCUGUGUGUAAUGUGGCACUUGGAACCUGCUUGGAUUUGUAUAAAAAAGAUUUGUCAUUGACUAAUGCGCCAGCAGGAUAUGACAGCGUGCAUGGAGUCCGUAAAAGAGGAAACAUCUAUUCAGAUUUUGAGGAUGAUGAAUUUGUUGUAUACAAAACCUGUCAGGUUAAAAUGAGAUACAUUGUUAAGUUUUGCCUUGCUGGAGACCAAGUAAAGCAGUUUCAGCCUGGAACUGAGACAGAAUUAGAGCAAGAUCGGCCAGCGACCUCACAUUGUCAUUUACAACCCGAAGACUAUGCAUUACCAAGUGUAAAUCUUUUAAACCAUGUAAAAACUGGUCUUCAGGACACAUCUGGAAACCCAGUCCCUCUUGAAGAUAUUCAUAUCAAGGGGAGGAUAAUAGACUUCAUAGCACAGAUAGUAGUGUUUCAGACAUACACCAAUCAGAACAAUAAUUCCAUUGAGGCAAAAUAUGUCUUUCCUUUGGAUGGCACAGCGGCUGUAUGUGGAUUUGAGGCUUUCAUCAAUGGGAAACAUAUUGUUGGAAAGGUUAAAGAAAAGGCACAAGCACAUAAGGAAUAUAGAGAAGCAAUCAGUCGAGGUGAUGGAGCUUACUUGAUGGACCAGGAUGCCCCAGAUGUUUUUACUGUAAGUGUUGGAAACUUACCACCUAAAACCACAGUUCUUAUCAAAGUCACCUACAUCACUGAGCUGAGUUUUCAGAACGGCUGUAUUACUUUUCAAAUGCCUGCUGCUGUGGCGCCUUGGCAACAAGACAAAGCCUUAAAUGAAAACACACAGGAUACAGUAAAGAAGGUUUGUGUUAAACAAAUAGGAACAAAAAAGGGUGGAUUCUGUGUGGCCAUGUCUAUUGAAAUGCCAUACAGCAUUGAACGCAUUCAUAGUUGGACGCACACACUUAAAAUAAAGAAAACAGACUGCAAAGCCGUAAUCAGGACUGAGGAGAAUAGUUCCUUGGACAUCUGUGGCUUUGCUCUAGAAAUCUGGAUUUCUCAAGUAUAUCUACCCAGAAUGUGGGUAGAGAAGCAUCCAAACAAAGAGAGUGAGGCAUGCAUGCUUGUAUUUCAACCAAAGUUUGAAACAAGGUUUAAAGGAAUCCAACUGUCCGGAGAAAUUAUUAUUUGUCUAGAUUGCUCCAAUUCCAUGGAGGGUUCAACACUGCAACAAGCAAAGCAGAUUGCUCUCCAUGUUCUACAAAUGUCUUGUUUUGGACAGAGAGUGAAUGUUAUCAGAUUUGGCACGAAUUUUACAGAAUUUUCUUCAUAUUCAAAGAAUAUCAAAAGUGAUCUUGCAGAAGUGAAGGAGUUUAUUAUAUCUGCUACACCAACAAUGGGAAAUACUGACUUAUGGAAAACCUUACGUUAUUUAAGUUUGUUGUAUCCUUCUCAAAGAGAGCGUAACAUUCUUCUUCUAUCCGAUGGGCACAUUCAGAAUGAGAGCAUGACCUUCCAAAUUGUGAAAGAGAAUGUCAGACACACCAGGUUAUUUACAUGUGGUGUUGGUUCCACAGCAAAUCAUCACAUGCUGAGAUCUUUGUCUCAAUAUGGUGCUGGAGCAUAUGAAUAUUUUGACCCAAAAUCGAAGUAUAACUGGCUAAAAAAGAUAGAAAGCCAGACAUCCAGAAUAUUUUCUCCAGGAUGCAGUUCUGUCUCUAUUAAAUGGCAACAGUUUGACUCAAAUGCACCAGAGCCAUUGCAGGCUCCUGCUCAAAUACAGUCUUUAUUUAACAAUGAAAGACUUCUUGUCUAUGGAUUUAUCCCACGUUGUACUCAGGCCACCUUAAAUGCACUAAUAAAUGACCAAGAAUUGCAAGCAAUGGUAUCAACCACUGAAUUACAGAAGACAACAGGAACACUUCUCCACAAACUCACAGCAAGAGCCCUCAUUAGGGAUUAUGAAGAUGGGAUACUUCAUGAAAAUGAAACAGAACAUGAGAUGAAGAAACACACUUUGAAAGUCCUGAUUAUUAACCUCAGCGUGGAGCACUCCAUCAUAACCCAGUUUACAAGCUUUGUGGCAGUAGAAAAAAGGGAUGUUAAUGAAGUUCAGCAUGCUGGCCUUCCAAACAUUCUUGAACUUAUAUCUGAGGAAGAUAUAGACUUUUUACCCUACAUGGACUGGGAGCAUGAUACAUCUGGACAUGGAUACGUGUUUUCUAAUAGAGGAGUGGGAUUUGGCAGACGUAAAUUGACCUCUUACUGUGCUGAUGAACCAGGCGGUGCCCUGACCCCAGAGGAGACCGAGUCCAGGGAGGAGCUGCUGAUGGCUAGCUACUUCGGGGAGAUGGAUGACACCUACAGAGCCAAGGAUGCUAAUGAAGUUCAGCAUGCUGGUCUUCCAAACAUUCCUAUGGCUCCAGAACGUUUAGACAUUUUACCCUACAUGGACUGGGAGCAUGAUACAUCUGGAUAUGGAUACCUGUUUUCUAAUAGAGGAGUGGGUGAAUCGGUUCCUUUUCAUGAAGUAACUAGUGGUUUUUCUGGCCACCUCCAAAUUGGAGGAGAUAAUAAGCCGAAAAGUCUCCAAUUUCAAAGUGACAAAGAACUUCCCUUGGUUGAACAGUGCAUCUUACCAGAUUCCAUUGGAUUCAGUUUUAUAAAGACUGCUGAAGUUGAAUAUGAUGCUGGUGCCACUGAAGUUGGACUAUUUGCAUCUAUCUCUGAGCCACAACCAAAAUUCGUCAUGCAUAUUCAAUCACCUUUACAAUACAAAUCUUCCAAGCCUCUAGCUCGUCCGCCUUUUCCUCAACGUUCACAGGCUACUGGCAUUAAUUUUUCUUUUCAAGCUCCUUGCCCUCCUCCUUGCCCUCUUCCUGGUGGCCAAGCUCCUUGCCCUCCUCCUUGCCCUCCUCCUUGUGGCCAAGCUCCUUGCCCUCCUCCUUGCCCUCUUCCUGGUGGCCUAGCUCCUUGCCCUCUUCCUGGUGCCCCAGCUCCUUGCCCUCCUCCUCCUCCUCCUGGUGGCCUAGCUCCUUGCCCUCCUCCUUGCCCUCUUCCUGGUGCCCCUCCUCCUGGUGGCCUAGCUCCUUGCCCUCUUCCUGGUGCCCCAGCUCCUUGCCCUCUUCCUGGUGGCCAAGCUCCUCCUCCUCCUGGUGGCCUAGCUCCUUGCCCUCCUCCUUGCCCUCCUCCUGGUGGCCUAGCUCCUUGCCCUCCUCCUUGCCCUCUUCCUGGUGCCCCAGCUCCUUGCCCUCCUCCUCCUCUUCCUGGUGGCCCAGCUCCUUGCCCUCCUCCUUGUGGCCAAGCUCCUCCUCCUCCUCCUUGCCCUCCUCCUGGUGGCCUAGCUCCUUGCCCUCCUCCUUGCCCUCUUCCUGGUGCCCCAGCUCCUUGCCCUCCUCCUCCUCCUCCUGGUGGCCUAGCUCCUUGCCCUCCUCCUUGCCCUCUUCCUGGUGCCCCUCCUCCUGGUGGCCUAGCUCCUUGCCCUCUUCCUGGUGCCCCAGCUCCUUGCCCUCCUCCUUGUGGCCAAGCUCCUCCUCCUCCUCCUUGCCCUCCUCCUGGUGGCCUAGCUCCUUGCCCUCUUUUUGGUGGCCAAGCUCCUUGCUCUCUUUUUGGCCUUCCUCCUUGCUCUCCUGAAUUCACUCAGGGGCUUUCUUCAUAUAUAAAGAGCUCAUUUACUCCUGUGGGCAGAACCCUGAAGAAGGCAAAUUUUGAAGCACAAGUUACUCCUGAAGUUCUUGCUUCACCAGCUAGGUUAAGACUAGGAUCACCAAUGCUACAAACUGCACCAAAGCGUAGAGAAAAACUUCAUCAUCGGCUCAGCAAGGAUCUUGUCUUAACAGCAAUGAGGGAAAAAAAGCUUGGUAAAACAUUACCACAGAUGAGGAUUCAACAAAGUCCACCAAGUGCUGUAACCUGGACUCAGAUUUUUGAGCUCCAAAAUCAGGAUGGCUUUUGGAAUCUCAGCCCAGAACUUGGGGUUAUUUUGGAUCUUGAUGUGGAUUAUUUAACCAAUAUUUUCCUUGCAAAAAAAGGCAUUUGGUCCCUAGGUCCUAAAGGAAGAGAAGUAUUGCAGUUGAUUGCUACACUUUUGGUACUGCAGUUCAUACGUUAUAAUCAGCAACUGGAAGGGAUAACCUUCAAAUCUCUAAUGAAACUGGAUGAUUCACCUACUUCAAGUGCUAUUCACUGGGCUUUUGCUUCAGUAAAGAAAGCAGUGGAAUGGGUAAGAAGAACUGACAGACAAUUUCCAGCCAUCUGCUAUCGACUUGAACUUGGGAAGGAUUGGGACUCUGCCACUAAGAAGUUGUUGGGUAUCGAGUUAAUCAGCACCAACUUUCCUCCAAGUAUUUAAUCACAGAAGACUUCUAUAAGAGUUAACUACUUUACUCAUUUUGCAAUUAUAAGACAAAUUACAGGAGUUCACUAAAUUAAUAGAGGAUAAUUUGAUUUUAUAUCUGUAUAAUUAUUAGGUAGUUUUAAUAUCCAGGAAAUUAACCAAAGACAUGGAAAUUUGGGGUUUUUUCUUAUAUUGUCAUCAAUAAGGACAGUAAUUUUAAAUUUAAAUAUAGUGUUUUACUAAGAGUAAACAUAUACUGCAAUUCACUGUCUAAAACUCUAUUUAGCUUCUAUGUUAGAUAAUUUUUAAUUUAAAUUAACCAUUUUGCAGUGCUAAUGCUUUUAUAAUGUGUUUAAUAUAAAUUUGAUUUCUUCUAUAAACCUUAUCCACUUCUUUGGACCAGUAGCACUAUAUAAAAAAACUGUAAUGUAAUAAAGGAAUUACAUCAGCAAGGAAAUAUUUCAAUACACUGAUGUCAAGAGGUAUAAGAAGCUGAAUAAUAAAAAGCAAAUAAACAUUUCAAGGUUUUCACUUA